UCAGUUCUACAUCCACCAUAUAAAAGGCAGGUAAAUCUUUGUUCUUCUAUUUUUAUUUAAGAUCUCCCUUAUAAGAAAACAGUAUGAAGAUACUUUCGGCAUUAUUUUUGGCCGUUUUCGUGGCUCAAGCCUGGAGUUAUUCCGAAAUAGGACCCUUAAAGAUGGGCGAAGAAUGUUUGUUGUGUACUGAGGAGUAUGAACCUGUUUGUGGCGUUAAUGGGGAAGGAAUUAGAAAAACUUUUGGAAACGAUUGUGAAUUGGUCGAAUGGAAUUGCCUUACAGGAGAAGAUUAUAAACACAUCAGUCAUGGAGUUUGUCCAGAAUCUGUAAAAUCUGGUUUUAAAGACCCAACAUGCAGCAUUGUCUGUCCAGAUGGGAGACAACCGACCUGUGGAUGUGUAAAGGCAAAGUGAACACUUUUGGAAAUGACAUCAAUUUAGAACAAUAUUAUUGUCCAAACGCUUUUACAAAUUACUUAACUUCCAUUCUGUAAUCCACAAUUUUUAAUAAACAUGUAUUAUUACCUUGGA